UAACACAAAAUAAGGUCGGAGCAUCUGAUCAUUCCCUCCCGUACCGCCAAGUGUUCACUGUUGUUUCCCGGCCGAACCUGAGUCAAUCAUGUAAAAAUGCACGGCUAAGAUUACUUGACACCGCAUCACCGUUCACCACCAUCAAUCAUCACUCAUAAUCCUUCACCUCGACCCCAUAAAUACACGCAAAAAAUACUAUAAAUACCUCUCCCCUUCAAACAGAAAUAACUAAAACCAAUCGACGAAACCGGAAAAAAUAUUGCCAAGCCAAAAAAUUAUUUGAUCGGUGAAAAUGUCGUGGCAAACGUACGUUGAUGAUCAGCUGAUGUGUGACGUCGAAGGGAAGCAUCUCACCUCCGCCGCGAUCGUGGGCCUAGACGGCAGCGUUUGGGCUCAGAGCAGCAGCUUCCCUAAGUUGAAUCCUGAAGAGAUUACUGCUAUCAAUAAAGAUUUUGAUGAACCAGGUUCUCUUGCCCCAACCGGGUUGCACCUCGGUGGCACUAAGUACAUGGUAAUUCAGGGUGAGCCUGGAGCUGUGAUUCGUGGAAAGAAGGGACCAGGUGGUAUCACAGUGAAGAAAACCGGUCAAGCACUGAUUUUUGGGAUAUAUGAUGAACCAGUGACUCCAAGUCAGUGUAACAUGAUUGUUGAGAGGUUGGGAGAUUACCUCAUUGAUCAGGGCUUGUAGAUCCCCGAAUCAACCUCAUAUGGUUUCCAUAUAUUUCUUUUUGGUUUUUGAGUUUGCCUCAUCUUCCAUAUUGGGUGAUGAAAUGGCACUAUAAUUGUUUCUGGGUAAAAUAAAUGUGUUUAUGUGUAUUGCAGUUUUGAAGUAUUUAAGUGUCUUUGGAUAUUGUUUAUAUUAAAAUGGUGAGAAUUAUUUUUUGAGUUA